UCGUAUACAGCUGCGACGAAGAAAGCUGUUGUUGAGCAUCUGAGACUACACUGCAAUGUUCGUUUCACUAUAGACACGUUCUUUCCUGAUCUACCAACAGAGAAGUAUCAAGGAAGACGAGUACGGGUGCUAAGAUGGGCUCGCCAGUAUGACUCUAUCGCCGCUACGUGUGCUUCUGUAGGCGGUGGGGGCAAGCGAAAAGCUCGCUCUACCGGAUCAGCUACGAUCUUACUUCUAGGUGUUGAGCUAGAGAUCGUGAGCUGGAUUAAU